GGGAAGAGAAAUCCACGUUGCCCCGAGAGGAGGGAGGGCGAAGCUAGCGCGUGCGAAACACUCUCCACUACCACCGCCGGCGGGGGUGACGUAGAAGGUUGGCCCGCCGUUGAGAGACGACGGGCCUCGUUGCGGAGGAGGAGAGAGAGGGUAAGAAGUCGGAGGAGGAGGAUGGGGUCCGCACUUUAAAAAGAGACCGCUGGGCUUCAAAGAAAAGCGUCGUCACCGCUGCUCAAACACACACGAUCGGCGCUUCUUCCCCUCCGGACACACGUCGCACUGAGUGGCCGCCGCGUGACGUGAACGCCUGGAAAGAACAUCGCGGUUUGUUUAUCGCGUGCGUACGCGCGCGCGUUCGCACGCUCUGUGAGCGUGUUACGAGCUCGUUGUUGAUUGCAGCAUAGACUCUCUCCUUUGGGACAUAGUUUUCUUUUAUGCUUCUUGAUUGACUGGCCCCCCUGGUUUGGUGGGCGCGUGCUUACUUCGCCGGCGUCCCUGCACCAGCGAGGAGCGAGAUCACCUGUCUGCUCAGCGUCAAGCCUGAACACCCCGAAGUGAAAAGCAACUGGUGAGUGCCUCUAGCGAACAGCGCCGAGUGGUCGCAUGGCUGGACAGUGGUUGGGGACGAGCGGCCUGCAGCUGCUGCUGCCCCUGGUGCUGCUGGCGGCGGUGGCACCGUCGCGGGCUCAGUCGGCCGACCAGGAGUGGCAGCCGCGAGUACUCGAGCGGCGCCAGGUCGAGCAGCUCCCGCCGGCCUCCAUGCCCGAGCCCUCGUGCACUCAGCUCAGGCUCAUGUGGCGCCAGAUGCACCGCAUGGCUCGCCACAGCCAGCUCACCAACGAGAUACCGCAGUUCCCUGCCUCGUACCCGUUUGGUUACGUGUCGCCUGACGACAAGGCGCUCAUGUUCUGGACGCCAGCGUCGUUCGGCAAAGUCGUGCGGCAGCCGGGCCAGAAGCCGGUGAGCCCGAUCAAGCCUGGCCGGCCGUCCGUCAGUGGUCGCUUCUCCCAGACGACCCUGCCUCGCUCCGCGCUCGGUCCUUCGUACGGCACCGUGGUGCGCAGCCCCAGCGAGAAAGCCGCGCUGCGGCGUCAGAUGGCCGCCGCCACCGGUGCCUGGGGACCGUUCCCACCUGACCGCGGUUCGGACGCCGGCGUCGUGUCCAAGACCAGGGUCCUCUACCGCAGCGAACAGGAGCGCUGCGGUCGCAGCGUGAUGGGCCGCACCUGCCACUCGCACGACGACUGUUUCUGUCCGGGACUGAAGUUCUUCUGCUCUGCCGGAAGGUGUCGCUCACCAGCCUCCAGGAAAGCGUCCAAGGACCAAUGGGGCACAUGGUACAACGGCCCCCUGGAGGUCCCCAGACUGGGCUUGAUGGGCAAGGCGAGGAACCGACCUGGACCACCGAUCUCCAACGACGUCUGAACACAGGGCUGCUAUACAAGGAGCCACCGCCGCCAUUGUUCUACCGCGAGCUACUUCCUCGCCGAUCCUAUGGAUAGAAAGAGAGGGAGAGACAGCCAUUUUUGUCCCCCUCCCAAACAACCCCAGUAUUCUUUUUAAAGGACUGACUGCUCAAGGGUGCUCCCUUCCUGCCCACACAGGGCCAUUCGCACUUUACCCAUCUCUGCUGCAAGACAGGGUUUCUUUUUUCUCUCUCGAUUCCGGAUCCAUUCCAGCUGUGUUUAAUAGCCAGUAUAGAAAUGCGUCGCGUUUCCCACGACGGUUUGCUUGGCUUCAUGUACACCAUGGCUAGGCUGCUAAGAAAGCGAGCCCGGGCUGGCAGGUUCUGGAGGCAACUUUGGCUGUGUGAUGGGCAACAAUGAAAAAAAAAUGCUUUACUAGCAAGACCGGUUCCCUACUGUUGUACACAAUGCAGCUGACCCCUUGCCCUUGUUCACGUUUGCAUGGCUAGGUACACGAGUUGAUUUAGCUGGAAAAGCAAACGAAGGCGUUGAAAGCAACAAACAACUGUCCUGCUGUUUGUAAAUUGGUGGAGUGAGCGGGUUGCUGUACAGCGGCAUAUCGAAUUAACAAAUACAUAUCAGUGCCCCGGAGCUCCAGCUUAAAUGUACGAGCAUCUAUGUAUCUGUGCAUUCAACAGAAGUUCAACCUCCUCAUGUGCUGCACUCGAACUGUGUUGGUUUUGCUUCCACAUAAAGUGAGGAGCCAAAUUAUUUCCCGAAGUCGUGACUCAUUUCAAUGUUGUUCUCUAGACGACCAUUAUUGCUCACUUGUAUGUAUGCUAAGUGCGCCAAGGGGUGCUACAACAAACUGUCUGCCAAAUGGACAUGGGCAUUAACCAAGCCAAAAAAUAACAGUGGAAUGAAAUGCAUUUUUCAAGUGCUCCCAUGUAAACGGACGCUAUGAGUGGAACUGAAGCCCAGCUAGUACCACUGAGAAGCCAUUAAAUGCAGAUGGAGGCAAGGGGAACAACAUGAGUUGUGCGACGAAGUAUGUCGAGUUGUAGGGGCACAAAAUUGCUGGAGGUGACUGAGUGGCUGCAGAGCCAGUGCCUGUAGAGGGAUGUUUCUGACCUACUCCUCUUUUUAUUUUUUGUUUUAAAUAAAAAAUAAAUGAAGGAGUUGUCACCAUUGCUUGGCGAUGGCUACCCCUUUCCACUUGGUUAGAUAUAAAAAAUUAAGAAACAAAAAUAAUAUAUAUACAUAUACAGUACACAGUCCUACAUUUGGUAAGUUCAAAAGUUCUCGUUUGAACCAGAGCACACAUAAAAUCACCGUGCACACUUUCAAUGUAGUUCGCUCAAUAUGCAUUGCAAAUAUUGGUGUCAUAAAAAAAAGCGUUGAAGCACUUUCAAUGCUUUGCGAUUUAUCUGAGACGGCCAUCGGCCCAGUAUUUUGCCAACGAAAACAUUUGCUUUGAGUCCAGUGAACGGAGUUCCUGUUCAAGUUGCCUAGCCUGAAAAAGAGCUGUCUUUUUUUUAGGAUCAAAAUGGAAAUCAAGCAGUAUAAUUGCAGAUUUUCUGACUACAAACUAAUCCAACUGUGAAUCACUUGGAAAUGGUAACGUGUGCAUGCACCUUGUCUUGCUGCAAUGCUGAGUCAGAGGAGUACCUAAAUCAUUCUUCAUAGACACACAAGCUAAAGUUCUAUAACAUAAGUGUGCUUUUUAAAUAAUGGUCAUUUAGAAUGCAACCUUGUUGAUUAUCCCAUUAGGUUAGAUGAGAUUAGCCGUGAACGUUCACACAGUACAGAUUGGUGUUUAGGUGCCCUACUAGUGAUGCUAUCACAUGGAGAAGGGCACACCCAAUGCCAAGUCAGUGGAUGUAUGAGGCAUCAGCUGAGGGAGAAAAAGAUAUACAAGGGUCAAAUGAAAUGAAACAAAAUUUGCUUCAGCAUAAGGCAAAAAAAAAAAACCAGAAAAAUCAUGCGAAGCAGGCCCUUGCCUACCCCAUUUUUCAUAAAGAGGCCAUGUGAUGUGGUCAUGUGCGGUUAUAUGGUCUAUGCCUUCCCACAAGCAUCAUUUGUGAGCAAGAGGUGAUGUCGGUUGAAGUGGACUAAAAUUUGACUACCAGCAGCAAGAAAUCCACGUCAGAGAAUCAGUCCGAGUGCAGUGCAGGCAGGUCUUGAGCCAAUGGUGUCACAGAUCAUGAAUGCUCUGUGCCAACCCCUUGAUUUAAGAUUUUGCGUAGCAGACCCUCAGUAUAACAGUCACCAUCGACAAGAAAAUGCCUUUAUAAUAUGUGGUACUCCUAUACAAGCAUACACAGUGAUAUUGGUGAGACCUGCAAAGUUCAGACCGUCUUCACUAUAUCUAUGUUGGCUGCAUCAAGGUUUGACUGUACUAUAACAAUGUGGUUACAAUGGAAGCUUUUCAAUUUGCAGGCCCAGAAAGCACACGAGGAAAAAAAAAGAGAGAAGGCCCUGUGCAUGAAUCUCCGUGCAGAGUCCGACUACCUCAGGCUUUUCUGAAUAUGCAUAAAAUAAAGGAAUAAAUAUUUCCCAUUGCCUGCUAAGCUGGUUAUUUUGGCAAAAAGGUAGUCACCGUUACUGAUGACAUAAUUUGGAAUAUAUUCUUGUCACUGUAAUUUGGAAUAUAUUCUUGUCACUGUAAAAGUUGUGAAAGCAAUGACAUCUGUCAAGCUGAAGUUCAUCAAUGGUAGGAGGGCACAUAGAGGGCAUUACUUUCUGUGGUUAAAGCUGGCCGUCACUGCUUCGAUGCCCAUGGUAUACGACGGCAUUUGUGCUUCAAUGCGUUAUCUCCAUUCCAGAGAUGACUCCCCCCCCCCCAAUUUCCUGCGAGUUGGCAGCGAGUCUACUCUCGAACAGCUCCGAGCAUGAAAAUAGAGGCCAUUCAUAAAUGCAGGAUUGCCAGCAGCACAUCUGGGGAAGCACGACAACACCGACUUGUCAUUCUGUUCAUGUAGAAGCAAUGCAUUGUUUUUAGUUCAAAUAGCCGUAGACACUGAGGUGCACUAUAUAGUUUCAAUACAAGCUGCGUAGCUUCACCGUUUCCUUGCACUUGUCCGACCCAUUCACUUUAAUUAAUGAGCUCUCUCACCCUUUGACACUGCAGUGAAGAAAAGAAGAUCGCAACUCUGCCAAUUCAUGGUAAUGUGUAGCACACAUGCAACCGACAACCUGCAGUGAGCUCUCAACAAAAAAAAAUAAAUAAAUAAGGAAAUAAGGCGAUAGGGGAGUGGGGUUCGCUGCCACAUGCAGUCUGUCGGCGGAAUAAUCUUGAUACAACAUCUGACUUCAAAAAUAAAUUUAAAAAAGAGAGAGAGAGAGAGGCAACCUACGGAAACCCACGACAGACGCACGCAGUUUUCUGUAGCCAAUGGCUCGUGGCUGUGCAAACGUGUAUGACCAUACAGCCUGGCAUAACAUAAAACUAGGCCUCCACAAGAAAGAAAGCAGAAUUAUGCGAUUGGCUAAAACUUAUUGAUGCUGUAAAUUCUUAAGAAUAAUAUACAUAAAAAAAGACACAAGCAAGAAAGGCACGAUGCCUUUUUACACAUACUCAAAUGUACUGAAAACUUCUUACACAAAAGUUACUGAUCAAAGUACUGUAUGCAUUCAUGCUUCACUACUGUUAAAAGGUGUAUCAGUGUCUUCCACAUUAACAGCUCACUAGAACAAGUGCCAAAGCCGAGGUUGCAUAUAAAUUAUGCGUCUUCUUUGAAAGUCGCUAAUUGCUACUAAUGUUGUUCGCCAUGCUAGCAGUGCCAGGCGUGGUGCCAAACAUUCUUGCCUUGAUUUUUACCACACCAGCUGGAGGAGGAAUGCACCCACAAAACCUUGAUAUCUCACAUAACAAACUCAAACGUCUGUACUCACCACUUGCUGAAUUAUGAAGCCUUCAUGCAAAGCUCUUUGCAGUGAACCAAAAUGCAGUGCCCUCUGAUGGCAUUAAUAAACAAAGCCACAAUGAGAAUGUAGGCACUUGUAGUAUUCUUUUUCUCGAAUGUUCUGCUCGUACAGAAAAUACAAUAUUAAAAAACAAAACUCCAGUUUUUAUGUCAAACGUAAAUACGGCCCGUUUUGAUAUCGAAAUGCAAUCUUCAACUUCUCUUGCUGUUGCAUUUUCGUGUUAUCCGAAUGAAGAUAAUAUGACAAAGCCAAACUUGCGCCGACACAUACAGAAGAUGCCGAAUGUGUUCAUAUCUUUCGCAUGUAUAGCGUCGAAGCCUCUUCAUGUUCGUGUAUCUUUAGAAAGACAUAUGAAUGGGGCUUUGUUCCUUUUCAUUCAGUAUUACUUUCCUGCUGCGUUACCUCACUGGUGCGCGGAGGGCUAUCAGUAUUUCUGGUGAAGUUCUGCAACCCUGUCACAUGGUAAAUGCAGCUGGUUGUGACUAAAUGGAAGAUUCAGCACAGUACGUAGUCGGUGAUAUACAGUGAGGACAUUACUACAAUUGAGCCUCAUUAUAUGAAGCAGCAUCUGGCAUGACAACACAUUUGUUAUAUGCAAUAUUUCUUAUAGCAUUAUAUUGGCCAUAUGCUAUCAACAAAAAAGACUGUGGAUUUGCUUUGUUGUAUCUGACGACUUGGCGUAUAAAAGUUUCACCAUAAAUUCUGUUUCAUCUCGUCCUAGCGCAUUGGAAAUGAUGGAAUGUCUGCAGAAGGCCCCAAUAAAUCACUAUUGUAGGUUACGUUUAAUUCCCACAUGGUUCACAAAACUGGUGCCAAACAUUUUCCUGCGGUGCUGGUGCAGCACAUAUAUGUUGCCGAGACUACUGGUGCAGCAUCCGUAAUGCACAUUCGAACAUAGCAAUAUGGCACAGGCCGUGUCACAGGUUUGGAGAAAUAGCCCGGUAACCUGUCACGUGUGGUCACUCACUCAAUUUCAGUGUAAACUUCUUUGUGCUUUCAUCAAAGUUCUGAAGAUGUGUUAUGGUGCGGUGAUAAAAUAAAUAUCACUUGCUCUGUUUGGCAGCAUGGAUAAUCAAGCAAAUCUAACAAGGCCUGAAAAAAAAAAAACAAGCCUUCAGUAGUGCCUCCAACAAAUCUUCGUAUGCCAGAUGCUAUUCCGAGUGCAUUGAAUCCUUGUAAAAGCGUCUAGGGAGCAUUUCUGCAUCCACAAGAAGUGGCACUGUGUCCCCGACCGUCGUCCUUGUGAGCACUGUCUACCUGGCGAUUUGCACUUCAGUUCCAUUAUCUCAUUAAAAUGCCUGAUUGGGCGAAUUGGUGAUUCAUGAUACUUAGAAAUACGACCGCAUAACUUAUACAGGGACUUAGGAAGACAAGAACAAGCGCUUGUCCUUGUCUAAGUCCCUGUAUAAGUUAUGUGCUCGUAUUUCUAAGUACCAUUAUCUCACCAGCAGGUGCAGAGGUUCCCUGCACUGUGGCGGUUCUUUACCUGCACCACACUACACUCGAGGGCCAUAGUGCAGCGGCAAGUUAUUGCACCGAAUUGAGGGCUCCAUUGCAGCGCACUGUGAACCCAUGGUGCAGUGGCAAGCUAUUGCACCAAACUGAGGGCUGUGGCGCAGAACACUGUGAACUGGUGCACGAGUGGUGCAGUGAGCCGUGUGCGGAUCAAUAGCACCCAUAUUUUUAAUGGCGCCUGCUUUGAUCUUGACGUAUAAACGGCAGCCUAAAGGUCAUUAGU